UGGAGCUGCUAGCAUGGUGACUGAUAUGUGGUUUGAGUGAAAAGGACGUUUUCAGUGUGACAAAAUUUUGAUUUAGGUCCAGUAAUGUUUUGAAAAUUAUAUUCUAAAUAAUUUCUUCAAUUUUUUUCGAUUAAUUCAUAUAAGUAGUCGAUGAAUAGGGAAGUGAUGCCAAUGUUUUCGCUACGGUAGUAUGAGCAGAGUUGCUAGUUCUCUCCAUACUGUGAUAUUUCCUGUGUUUGAAGUGCUAAAUAUUCCGUAAUUUGAUAAAAGCGAAUAAAGAACUUAUGAAUCUAUUUUUAUUUUGAUCUUUUACAAGUGAAAAAGUCCUUUAAAUUGUCUAAUAUUGAACUGGUCAUGAUUUUGAGCUUAAUACUGACCACCGAAGAUUCUGCUAGUAAGGUCGAAAAUCCCUUGUGCUGCUUCGCAAUCUGACUCCUUUUAAUUAUCUGCGUGAAACUUAUGACUGGCUUGAAUUACCGUGAUAGUGUGCAGCGGCUGGAGGUUUCCUUCAUCUGCCAGUGCUGACGACAAAGCUCGGCGAGACGCUGUAUCUGCGAUCGCUGCGAGUUUACGUGUCUUUUAUGAUGCUGCGACUGCGCCGGCUCCUAUGGCUGUGAUAGUGGAACGCUGGUCCAUACGUUGCUCUUACCCUAAGCCGGUGUGAGAUCUAGAAGCUCCCCGUCGCUCACACAACUACGAUCACUCUCAGAGUGAAUCAUUUUGAGAAUGAUGAGUGCUCCCUCUCCCACUCCUCCCACUCGCCACCACUUGCUCCACUCACAUCACAACGCUCACCACCCGCAUCAUUCCACUACCAACGCUUCUAACACCCCCAUUUCGAACUCCACCAACAAUUGUUCUGCUUCAUCUCCAGCUUCCAAUAACUUGGAUUCUCUAGAAGAUAAGCAUAGUUUGAAAAUGAAAAUAAAGCGGACUAAACCGCCUACAAAAACUAGUGAAGCCAAGCAUGAAAUUGUCAAACCUUUAGAAAGUGAUAACGGAGAUUCCCCUGCUCUCAAUCACAACCAAGUGCCUCUAAAUUCUGUGGUCAGUACUCCCGCUAAUAUCCAUUUAAAUUUAAAUAGCAACAGUCAGGUGGAAGCUAAUGGUUCCGCGCACAGUAUAAGUCGUCAAAAUGUCGUCAAACACAAUCACAAAAAAGAGAAAAGAAGACACGAUGUCAAUGGUAGUUUACAAUCAGUCAACAACCAGCACCAGUUAGGCAGUUCGCUGCACAACCCUUCACAGAAACACGCAACGUCUUUGCAACAAAUGCCGCCGAUGAGCUCGGCGGGCGGCCUUCAGGGUCCGCCCAUGACGAGCUCCUGUCUCUCCACCAACACCAAGCAGACGGCCACUCCUGUCAAGAGUGGCGGUAUUGCAACCCCUCAACACACUCCACUGCGCACCGACACGCUACCUCCAGCAAAAAGACUCAAAAUCGGCGAGGAGGCAUCUGGUCCGUCAUUCGGUGGCAGUUCAGGAGGUACAACGAGCUACCGAGACGUGUGUGUGGGCACCAGCGUAGGAACCAUAACUGAACCUGACUGCCUGGGACCAUGCGAACCUGGUACUUCUGUCACACUCGAAGGCAUCGUGUGGCACGAAACACAAGGAGGUGUACUGGUUGUAAACGUGACGUGGCGAGGCAAGACGUAUGUAGGAACGCUGCUUGACUGUACACAACACGACUGGGCUCCUCCUCGAUUUUGCGAUUCACCUAACACCGAGGACAUGGAUUCUCGGACUCCGAAAGGGCGCGGUAAGCGUGGUCGCUAUGGAGGCGGCAACGUUCAGACGUCGCAGUCCAGUGGAACGAGUGGUGCUGGUAGCAGUGCGAUCAGUGGAUCAAGUGGUGGCAAUGGAGGGAACAACCAGACUUCUUCUAAUUCUACAUCUAAUACCUCCACUAAUGAUGUUGGUAACGUUACCGAAACAAGAAGUGGCAAGGUUCGCGGGAACCAACCUCAGAAGGGUCGUAGAGGUGGCGGCAAUAAUAGUGGAAAUAGUUUUGCCACUCCUAACAGCCCUCAAAACACUGCCGCAAAUAAACGCAAAGGCCGUGACACUGAUGUGCUAAACUCCAACGAUCUCAAGAAUAAGAAAGGCAGGAUGUCCGGUAAGAUUACCGAUGGCAGUGCAGAUAACAGUCCAGACAACUCCAACUCAGCCUCGCAGGCGGCCGAUGACGCGGCUCCAUUAACCGUGUCGUCUCCGGCCCAGUCGCCUCAAUAUAUAGAAUGUCCUGAACCAAAUUGUUCAAAGAAGUACAAACACAUGAAUGGACUAAAGUAUCACCAGAACCAUGCUCACAACUCGACAGAAGAAGAUGGCUGUGGUCAAGUUGACGGGGAUGAUUCCGGUAACCUCGUUUCAGAAGAAGUCUGUACUGAAUCUCAUGUUCCUACAGAUUCUUCAGAAGAAACGUCCCAGUCAAAGAGUAGCGGCAAUAAUAGUGCCUCUGAUUUGACUAAUAAUAGUUAUGGUAGUUAUUCCAACCGAAGUAGUCCUGCGCUAACCAAUAAUGUAUCGAGCUCCGAUGCUGCUUCUGCCAUUUCUGGGAUGGCAGUUUCUCGUGAAAUCUCGACGAUAAAUAAGCCUGUUACGUCUGCUCGUAUAGGUGUGACCGCAGCAUCUCAAACCGUGUCCUUAGAAGAACAUCAGAGUGAAAAGUACGAACAAUUUGCCCACAGUCAAUGUCCAAAGCCUCCCAUGUAUCAGCAGAGAAGUGUGCCUCACCUAGUUUCUACUCAGUCUUCAUCGUACCACCCUUCGCCUUCACAUCAAGAUGGGCCUUUAAUGAGCGAACAGACAUAUUCAUCAGUGCAGACGAUUUACUCUCAUUCGAGUUCAAGUGCAGGAUAUGCCCUGGGCUCACCAGUCGUGUCUCAUCCUUCUCAUAGCAGUCAUCCAUCUUCGCCACUGCAAAAUUCAUCUUGCCCUAACAGUGAAGAAACUCAUUCUUCAGUUAUUGCUCGUUUGCCUCAGGCUCCUACUCAUCCUAUGUAUUAUUAUCCCCCUAACUCACUUGGUUUAUUGAGGCCCGGGUUGAGUCAGAGCAGUUCUGUCCAAGGCAUGCCUGGCACUACCAUCAGAAGCAAUCCGGUCAUACGACCAGGCAUCAUGGGAAGCGCCGUGCAGGCCAGGCAACCUGUUCCUCAUGUGAUUUCAAAUGCCCCUGCCUCCAUCAGUAGCGCUCCGAGACCAACCCUCCUAUUAUCAACACCACAGAGUACUCAAUUGAGUACUCUACCUGGUUCUCCUCAUGUCAAAAACGGAACGAGUAAAACAAGUCGCGAGAGUGGUGAAGACGAGGACCCUCGCUCUCCAGCCUAUAGUGACAUUAGCGACGCUGCUGAUGCUCCUUCUAUAGAAGGUGAAGCAUCUAACAACAAUCCUGUUGAUAGAAAGGACAAUCCUGUAAAACCUGAUCAGCUGCUCAUUCAACCAUCGGGUCCUUUCGUUGGUAUCGGAGCAGUUUACGGUCAAUACGAAAGUUCUUUUCCGCCACAUAGCCCUUACCUUUUAAGAUAUAAUCCCACACAUCCUAUGAGUAAACAACCAGAAAUGAAAGAAAAUUGCAAGGUUGGUGACGAGAAAAAAGAAGCUCAGGAUAGUACAAACUUUCAAGCUGGUCCACCCUCAUUUCCUGGGGGUCUGUAUCCGUAUGCUGGUGGUUUAGCACCACCUCCCCAUUACACGAGCGAUCCCUACUAUGCACACCUUGCACACUCUUUGCCACCUGUCGCGCAAGCUGCGCCCGUGGAUGUCAGUCACCCAUCUUCCAAAGAAGUUAGUGGACUCCCAGUUCCUAACUUGUCAGCGCCUAAGCUAGGGUCUGGUAGUCCUUAUCAGGCUUCUCUAGACCCCAGGUUAUUACAUCCUCUUCUAUCAACUGGCCUCCCUUUACCCGUUCGCCUGCCUCACCCCGUCGAUAACUCGCAUAGCAAGGAUGGCGAAGCUGGUCCUUUGAGCCUGGAAAACAAAAUUACAGCGCCAUCUAGUGAUAAUGACAAUCGCGAGGGCCCCAAUUCUUUAGAUGCCACUGCUUCAUCAUCAGGAAGCUCCUUCAGCCAGGUUCGUUUCAACUCAAAGCCUUGAUUAUGAAUUUUCAUACGGCUUUUGGGGUUGAAAUUCGGCAUGUGCAAUUUUUGUGACAACGUUGUUUAUGCAGGAAGUACUUCCACUUCUAAGAGUCGCUUGUCUUCACUCUCACACCUGAUACAUUCUCAUUUUCAGACUUGAGUCGCAAGAACGCAAGGAGCCAGUGUCACUGAAAUUAUCCAGUUUUCUCUGGGCAAAGAAGCCGGCCGGGUGAGGCGCGGCUUGCCUUCCGUAUGAGCUUGUAGGCUGUUACGUCACUGCCAAAUAGGGUUAUCUUUAAAAUGAUAUGAUAUUCGAUGUUCUAAUCCGCACCUGUGUUUACCUGAGGUUUAUAAGAUCAAUGUUUAGGGGUUUUACUCUAUCACUGCAAUUAGUUUUGUGUUCUAUAUUUUAUUUUCAUGCAAAAAUAUGAGAUCAAAGAUUUCAAUCUGCUUCGAUGUUCACUUCCAUAUUGUUUCCAGAAAGACUAAUCAAUAGUUGUGGAUGCCCAUUAUGGCUACAUACGUAUUGUUUUAAGAGGCCCUGAAAGACAACGUAUUUUAAUGUUUUACCAAACUUGUCGAGGUGCAAGCGCUCGGCUGAUAAUUACAAAAAUUAAUAAAUCUUUUUAGGGUUGUGAUACUACUGUAUUUAUUGUCUGAGGAAUUUAAACUAGUGAAGAUGUUCCCCAUAUGGUGCGAGGCAUGGUUUUAAACUACCUCAUGUUUGUGUGAACUGUUCAAGUCUAGCCUCAUUACUCGAUCACAUUGAUCGAUAUAUAGGCGACUUUGAACCGACUUGUAUCAGUCCCUACUAUUUAUUUGUUGAUAAUUUUUUGCCCCUGUGAACCGGCAAGGAUUAUAAUUCCCCUGCGUGAAUGUUAGAUUGACUUAUUUUCACUGUACGCUCGUUACGGGCGGUUUUGUUUUGAUGUUAGGGGCUGAUCUCAUUAGAGCUGGAGUAGUAAUAGUGUUUAAUGGGAUGGCCAAGGCCGUUGCUCAUUGAAAUACUAUAUGUCUGUGUGUGCGUUCCUUUAAUUUAUUGUAGCCCUCUGGAGACUUCGGUGCUCAACUGUACAUGCUUACAAGUUCAGUUGCGUGAAUUCAAACAACGGUCCUCAUUUAUGCUAUUUAUGAAGCAACUUGGGGUGCUGUGCAUCCUUUGUGUGGAAAAGGUACAGAAUGAAAGUUUCAACGAGAUUUUAGUAUUUUUUUAACAUUCACUUCCAUGUAUGGACGCCUUGGUGCGUGUUAACUAUCGAUUUGUUUAGGUGUCUACUGGGAUACUAGUAAUAUGCCCUUCAAAACCCUGCGCUUUCAAGUCAUACACCUAAAUCGACUGCCGGACUGUAGCAUUGGUUGGGCUCUUAAAUUUUACUGCCAGGUCAGUGAAAUUCUGCUGAGGUAUUCUUCAAGGUAGUCUUUUCGAGACUCCAGUAAAUUCGGAAUGGAAAACAUCACAGUUUUUUUGUGCGAGGAUGACGCAGAUUUCAAGCGAAGUUUCGUCAGUGGGUUCUAGUGACCGGGUAGCACAGGCGAGCAUCUCUGAAGCGUUAUUCUUCACUCCUAGCAACCUUCCAAGAUGUUCGAGUGCAGGGAAUUUUCUUAUGUAUGGCUUCUGCCUUGUAAUUUUUUUAAUUAUUACUAGGCCUUGUUUAUAAUUGAGUUCUAGAAAAUUUGGAAGAUUCUAUUUACAAAUAUACUAUUUCUUACUA